AUGGCCAAGAUGUCCGUCCCGUGGAGGAAGCCGAUUCGUAGAAUGGCCAAUCUACUUCCACCUCUCAACUUUCUUACCUUGCAUCACUCCUAUUUCAUCGCGAUGGGCUUACUAUGGAGUCUAAUCUUCUGGGCUACGGCCAGUCCAGCUCAGAGUGUCAGCUAUAUCGACGCUCUGUUUCUCUGCGUGAGUGCAAUGACUGGGGCCGGCUUGAAUUCUAUCAAUCUCUCCACUGUCAACUCUUUUCAGCAAGCCAUUCUCUUUGGACUCAUUAUUUUGGGUCAUCCUAUUCUUAUCUCAAGCACCGUUCUCUUCGUUCGAAAGCGUGCUUUUGAAACCAGAUUUCGCAGCAUUGUUCACGCAGUUGCACGAAAUCGCUCAGCUGUCCAUCAAGCGAUUCACUUGCCUAGGAUUGCGAAGAAGGUUCUCUUGGCAGACGGAGACAAACCUGUUCCUCGGACCGAAGACCAAGUAGCGGACAACGAGACACAUAAUAAUGCCUCGGCCCGAAUGUCUUCCGAAACCAGAACCGUGAAUAAUGACAUACGCUCCCAAAAUAACCUAAAUGAUGCCGACGCAAUCAGAUGGGUCGAUGAUGAUCAACUUACCGUCCAAUCACACUCACGAAACAAAGUCAGACAUCGCGUAUUCCCAAUGGCCGGCAUAGGCGCACGUCCAGACGCCAGAGACCCCAAAGAUGCCGCGCCUAGUUUUGUUGCCGAUGAGGAACGGAGACAUUCACUCAUUGAAAGUCUAACCAGGAGUCCUCAAAAGUUCUUUCUCUCGAGGGGUCUGAUCUCCCGGAACUCACAGUUCCAUGGUCUUACCGCCAGUGAGCGCGAGAAGCUCGGUGGAGUGGAAUACAAAGCCAUAUGUUUGCUCUCGAUUAUUGUCCCUUUGUACUUUGUCCUGUUCAACGUCCUCGGGUUUAUAGGUUUGGGUACGUGGCUCGCAGUCAACAGACCUAAUGUUGCUCGUGAAAAUGGACUGAACCCUUUUUGGACCGGCUCAUUCUUGGCUAUAUCUGCGUUUGGGAAUAAUGGCAUGUCGUUGCUUGAUUUGAACAUGACAGCUCUGCAGACCUGCUCCUACGUCCUCCUUACUAUGGGAUUCUUGAUCCUUGCUGGAAAUACACUAUAUCCUUGUUUUCUACGCUUUAGUAUAUGGACUAUGAGACAUGUCUUACCACGAACAAAGUGGUGUGAAGAGUGGAAAAUCGUUCUUGACUUCAUCUUGGACCAUCCACGCCGAGUGUACACUCAUCUUUUUCCGAAACGGCAUACCUGGUACCUCCUCGCCACAAUAAUUUUGUUCAAUGGUAUUGAUUGGGCCGGGUUCGAAGUCCUAUCUAUUGGAAACACAGCUGUGCAAAGUUUAGGCGGAUAUCGCGUCUUGGACGGACUUUUCCAGGCUUUCGCAGUGCGUGCUGGAGGUUUCUAUGUUGUCACAAUCGCCGACUUACAUCAGGGCUUACUUGUUCUAUAUGUGCUGAUGAUGUAUGUUUCCGCAUUUCCGGUGUUGGUUACCAUACGAAACACGAAUGUUUAUGAAGAGCGAUCUCUCGGAAUAUACGCCAACGACCACCUCACUGAAGAUCAGCGACAUCACGCUUCCUUAGGAAGUUUUUUCGGUCAUAUCAAAGGCAUAGUAUCGCCAUCAUCAGAGGGGGAUAAUACUCAAGACAGUGAGCAAUCAACAUCGCAUAUCGAUGAAAACAAUACUUCGCGAAGUUACUUUGUCCGCCAACAAGUACGCUCGCAGCUCAGCCAUGACAUCUGGUGGAUCUGUCUGGCCGUGUUGUUCAUCACAAUCGCCGAAGCUCCUCACUUCAAAAAUGAUCCAGUCUCAUAUUCGACUUUCAACAUCAUCUUCGAAGUAGUCUCGGGCUACGGUUGUGUCGGAAUCUCUGUCGGUCUUCCGAACCAGAACUACUCCUUCUGCGGAGGCUGGUACACCAUCAGUAAACUGAUAUUGAUCGCAGUGAUGCUACGCGGUCGUCAUCGUGGUUUGCCUGUUGCGAUUGACAAGGCUGUUAUGCUUCCUGACGAAUCCUUGGCUUGGGCAGAGGAAGAGGAUGCUGCAAUGAGACUCGAGGGUUCUAGGUCUCGGAAUGCUAACCAUGGAGCCACUUGUGAGUGGAAGAGUGAAGAUAUAGUUUGA